GUGACGCACGUAGCAUAAUUCAAGAUCAGACCUGACAGAGUGUGGGAACGCGAACUCAACAGUACGGUUGGAACUCAAUGAGGGUGCUAAACAGCCAGCUUAGUAUAGAGUUACGAGAAUACACCGCGGAUCUAUUUGUGAGACGUUGGAUUUUGGUAAACUGAUUGAAAACUUUUUUAUAUAAUAUUUGUGCAUCUUAUAAACCGCUCAUAGACCGCGAAUCUAACAUAUAUGGCUGAGAAGAUUCGAAACAAAAGCCCAGCCUAAGCUCUGGCGUCGAGCAGAUCCGGCAAGUAGACUGGAAGCCUUCCACAGGUAUGAUUCGGCUAUUAAUUUAAUUUUUCCAAUCCUCAAAAUAAUUGUUUGAUUUGGAAAGCAAACAAAUUUAAAAAAAGAAAUUGUGAUGAACUGAUUCAUCUUUGGAUUUUGAACUGUUGCUAUGCUUUUGUUUUUUUCGCCUGGUUGAUUUUGGAGUAUGAUGAGAUUAUGUGUUUUGGGCUGUUCUGAUUUUGACUCAUUGUUACAUGGUUGAAUUUUCUCAAUUUUGAUUGUUUAAGCAAUCAACUUUUGUUUAAAGGAGAAUUCUUUGAUGAAUUGGUGGAUGGUAAUCAUACAGAAUUGCGACUUCGGACUUGUUUAAUUUUGUGACAAACUAUAUAGUCCGAAUUGAAGCUUUGUUCUAAAAAAGUUCCAGCUUUUGUUUAAAAAACAAGGCUGAAUGAACCCAAACUUAAAAAGAAAGAGAGGAACUAUAUUUGUUUCAGGAUCGGAAAGGUCGGCCAAUCAAGAUCAAAGAUGACUGCCUAGUGGCGACGAGCCCACUAGGCGGAGAGGGCGACAUAAAUGGGAACAGCCCUCCUGAAAAGAAACUUAAAGCAUCUUGCUUUCAACAAUGGCCUCAAACUGGUCCGAGCUUCAAAUGGAACUCUUGGACUUAAUCAUCAAAAGGCUUGAUGCUAUUGUUGACAUCAUUCGUUUCAAAGCAGUUUGUUCCAAGUGGUACAGAGCAGCACAAUUGUAUAUGACUUCUCCAUUGCUCAUGCUUCCCAGUGAUAAAAAAGAAGCUGAUGAUUGCCGCUUCUUCAGUGUUGCCGAGAAUAAGAUUUACAAGAUCAACAACGUGUUUGAAGGGUUUCAUGGUGCUUGGUGCGUGGGAUCAUCGCAUGGGUGGUUGGUCAUUUUGGACAAAGAAACAAAGCCGCAUCUUCUCAAUCCGUUUUCAGGAGCUAAGGUCCAACUUCCGUUCAUAAACACUUUGCUACCAUAUCAAGAGCUACAUCUAGGCAAGAGCUUUUGUAUUGUGGUGAUAUAUGGACUAUCUUCACAAAGACUUGCAUUCUGUAUGCCUGGAGACAGCACAUGGACUCGCUUUGGUGGUGAUGAUCAUGAGUACCUGGACAUAAUAUGCCACAAUGGUAUGCUCUAUUCUUUAUCCUCUAAAGGGCUAAUUGAAAUUUGGGAUUUUCAUGGUCCUUCUCCCAAGAAAGUUUUCGUUUUUGAACUUUCUACAACAGUGUGUCAAUUCCUGGAGGCACAGACUCGCUUUCUAGAUAAAAUUGCUUUUCUGAUUGAAUCAAAGGGAGAUCUUUUGUUUGUCUUAAUGUUACAAAGUGAACGUGAAUUUGCUAUCUAUAAGCUGGAUUAUAGUGGAAAAAUAUGGAUACCUGUGGAAACCUUGAGGGACCAAGCUCUUUUUAUUAGUGAAAACGAAUGUAUGUCAGUAUCAACCCGAAAUUUUCCAAAAUUGAGAGAAAAUUCAAUAUAUUUCAUAAAUAGCGUGAAGUAUAGCAAGAUUGGCAGAUACAAUGUUGGUGUCUUCAACUUCGAAGAAAAGAAAAUAGAUGAUGAGGCUGAAGAUAAUAAGUAUUUUCGUUCGAUUUAUUUGCCCGUAUAUUGGGUUGCUCUUAAUCCAAGGUAAUAUAUAUAUAUAUAUAUAUAUAUGUAUAUGUAUGUAUGGUUUGCAGCUAAUGAUGCGGACUCAGGCUGAUUAUUUUCUUUGGUUAGUCAUAAAACAGUAAGAUUUGAUGGUUGAAUUUUCGGUAAGCAUAUGUAUUUUGUCUCCCUUUUAUCAUUUUUUAUUCUUUUC